AUGGCUAGUCAAGAGAACAAUCCUUCCGACACUCGAAUUGAGGGUAAUGGAGGAGAAAGCUCGUCACCCAUGAUUCCCUACUCUCCGAGCUAUCAGCCUCAGAAUCGUUUUCCUGGCUACAAUACGCAAUAUGCUCAGGGCAUGGCUGUUCCUCCUUCUCCUGGACUUGGUCAAAUGUUCAACCCCAUCCGCCCUCAGUAUCGAAAUGGGCAUCAUUUCGGUAAUAAUUUAUAUAAUCAAGACGUUUCAAAUCGUCCACACCACGAAUACGAUCAGCCGUCUAUUCCUCCGCGCAUUCAACAAUACAAUGGCAGUUUUGCGAAUCCUUUGCAACACUAUCAAUGCACAAAUACUCCUCGACGCAACCCAUUCGUUGGAGUAAGCAGCCCUCUAAAUCCGUUUGCUCCUAUACCACAAAUGAGCAGCAACAAUCCAGGCCGUGUACUUAAUCCAGCUGCGCAAGGGUAUAUAAAUUGCAGCAACCCCGUACCGCAGGUCAAUAACGCGCCACAAAGGUAUCCGCCGUUUGACAAUGGCUUCCGAUCGCCUGUAGCAGGUACUGCUAGACAACAAGUAGUACCCCAAUACAACAGUCCUUCGCAUGCGACCACACCAGUCACAUCAAAUUCCACUGGAGGUAAUUAUAUGCCAACUUCUAGCCAGUAUCCGACGACUCCUCCAAUCGGCAAUAGGUCAAAUCAGAACUUGACACUUUCUCAAGUUCCAGAGAAGCCACAAUGGAGAGCCAAAGGUUAUUCAUUACCACGAUCAACACCAGCAAGCAAGUCUAGCGGUAGUAGCAGUGGCAGUGCCACUCCUGAAGCCGAUGAUAUUGCCAUCCAACGAAAGCCAGCUAUGUCACCCAAGAAGUACCACUUGCGUGCCGAGCAUCUAAUGCCGGGAUGCAUUGUAUGGCUCUCGAACUACGAAGAAGGACAUGAACCAAUUCUCUGUGUCCAGAACCACGAAUGCAAUGAUAAGGUCAAAGAUAAAGAUGGCCGUAAUCAUCCGGUAAUGAUCUUAAGGAUCAAUCAACGUCGUGGGUCGAACAUCGUCGGUAAUGUUAUGCUGGACGUUGCACUGAUGACAACCCUCAGUGGUAUGCCUCUGGACAAGUAUGUCAACAAACUGCGCACACUUGGACCAGAUCCUUCAACGCAAUGGUAUCUCAAGGAAACUAUGCCAUUGUCGUGGGUACCGCAGCAAACACCUCAGCUGAAGGGUAACAAACUUGACGCUAUGCGGAAGCACGAGCAGAAUCGAGAGUCGCAGCACCAUGCUGAACUCAAUCAACGAGGCAACACCUUGUUGUUUCUGUCACGAGGGAGCAUGCAGAGACGAUCGUACGUUCGUGUGCAUCACAUCUACGCUGUUCCAAUCAAGCAACUGCAAGCUUGCAGCCGGUACGCAAAGCUUGCCCACAUGGUCCGCCUGGACGAAUAUGGAUACCGGAGAGUGAUGGAGGUCUUGAGCCUGGUACCCGAACCUUGGGAAUCCAGCAUCGAGAGAAGCGUUGCGGCAGCUCCGCAACGCCUUACAAGCCUUCGAGACGAGGAAAUGGUGCAAUUCAAUGCCAUUCAAUUGGCUGAAAGCCAACCUCGUCGAGAUGAAGCUGUAAUGCAGCAAGGCUACAACGUCGUACAGCAAAGCCCAUUGGGUAAUGCCUCUGACGUUGAGGCCGAGGGUCGCGAGUCCUGUUGA